AUGGUGCCAAUCGAUGUACAGGCUGAUGGCUUAGACGUGGAUCAGCUUGCGCGCCUCGCGGCCGAGAGGUUCGGAGGUAGUGGUGGUGCAGAAGAAAAUGUUGAUGUUGAGACCAGCAUUGUCAAAAGCAACGACGAAGUGACGAAAAAUAAUUCUCCGAUUUCUAGCAGCUGCAGCUCUACUUUUGCAGCAGAGAACCGUACCACAACUACUACACAUGUUGCUGGCAAGAAUGGAGGAACGUUCGCGUCAUCUUCAACGACAGAUCAUCUACAGGAGUAUCGAGCGAUGGUCUACUGCAUCCCCAGCUUCCAUAACCCAACGGGAACCGUCAUGAGCCAUGCGAAGCGCGUCAAGCUAGUUGAGCUUGCACGGAAAUGGGAUUUGUUGGUCUUUUGCGAUGACGUGUACGAAUUGCUCGGUUCUUCUAAUGCUACUAACAUUUUUCCACCUCCAAGGCUUCUGGCAUACGAUGCCUGCCCACAAAAUGAUAGAGGGGGGCUUUCUACUUCAACUGAACAAUGUGGUAACAACUACGAGGACACUGGUUUUGGGAAUCGUCCAACGUCGACAGCAGCAGGAACCGGAACAGGAGCUACAGCUACAGGAGCAAGAACGCGGCAGCCGGCCUCUGCGUGUGCUCCGCCGUCUUUGCUGCAAAGAGGCCGUCACGUUCUCUCCAACAGUACGUUUUCGAAAAUCCUAGGUCCUGGAGUGCGCUGCGGCUGGAUCGAAGGGCAUAGAAGUCUCAUCGCGCGUCUUAGCCGCGGCAAGGCCACCUGCAGCGCAGGAGCAGGCGCGCAAUUCGUGGGAGCACUGAUCGAAAGGAACCUGCGUUCGGGACGUCAAGCCGCUUUUCUUCAGGACGUGCGCGAAGAAUUCGACAUUCGGCGAAACGCGGUCUAUUAAGGCUACCGCUGAAGCAUCCUCAGCAUCAUCCUUGGCCUCCUUUUCAAGGGGGAAAGGGACUCAAGGAUGGGCUCAGGGAUGCGACACGAUAGCUCUAAGUCUAUCGCGUCUUCUACGCUGCGGCAGCCGACCGGCUGCGCACAACCAAUCGAGAGACAGCUGCCCCAGGUGGUUCCAGAGAUGCCCCAGGUUGGUUUAGUUCUCCUUCUUGUCCUUCGAUCUGGAACAAUCGAAGGACAAGAAGGAGAACUAAACCAACUUUCCUCGAGUAG